AUGUCACAGGUAAAUGAAACCACAACUUCUGUAACUGAGUUUUUCAUUGUGGGUUUCCCUGGACUCCAGCCCAAAUACUACAACCUGAUAGGAGCGCUUUUAUUCAUCAUCUACAUCGCUGUAAUUACUGGAAACUCUCUCAUUGUGGUCUUGUUUGUGACUGAACGCAGCCUUCAUAAGCCCAUGUAUAUUAUCAUGCUGAGUUUGUCCUUGUCUGAUAUUGGUUUCUGCACAGUAGCUCUGCCAAAAGUCAUUUCUCGCUAUUGGUUUAAUGACGGUUAUAUUGGCUUCUAUAUUUGUCUGUUUCAAAGGCAACUGAUUCACUAUUUUGGUACCUUGAACUCCCUAAUUAUGAUGAACAUGGCACUUGAUCGGUUCUUGGCGAUCUGUUACCCGCUAAGAUACCCUGUUUUAAUGAAUAACCGUACUAUGAGGCUUCUAAUAGGGUUUUCUUGGGUUACUGCAGUGAUUGCUCCAACCAUUAGCUUAAUACAGACAGUGAAGCUGCCAUUCUGUGGGCCAAACAGGAUCGCUCAUUGUUUCUGUGAUGGUUCAUCUAUAAACCAGCUGGCCUGUGCUGAUGCAACCAUCACAAACCUCAAUGCAUAUGCUGUAGCAAUGUUUGUGCUUCUUGUUCCAUUCUCUUUCAUCAUAUUUUCUUAUUUAAGUAUCCUGGUGUCUGUGCUUCGAAUAGCAAAUGCACAGGGCCGAAUUAAAGCCUUUUCUACCUGUGCCACACAGCUGACUAUCAUUACCAUCUAUUACGUGCCCCGCUUCGUGGUUUAUAGCACUACUAACAUCCCAAAUGUUCAGCUGCUCAACAGCAGUCAGAAGAUCAGCCUGGUCAUGUUCUACAGUCUGCUUCCACCUUUAGUGAACCCCUUCAUCUACUGCAUCAGGAUCAAAGAAAUCAGACAGUUCUUUAUCAAAUGGUCUGUCUACAUUAUCAGGAACAGUCAAAAGUCAAAAGUCAAUAAGUUAACUACUCCAAAAUGA